AUGGCGGCGGAAAGUGGAGACGGAAGUGGACCAGAUGAGCUCAGAGGAUCCCAGUGGGCAGUCUGCCCAGCAUUAUCAAACAUACCUGGUCUGUACAUGUACAACAACUACUUUUACAUCUAUUCUGUUCACAUUCAUCUCCAUGCUGCUCCUUGUAGACCAGUGGGUUGUCAGACUGUUCAGCAGUGGUUUGGGGUGGCUGUAGCCCAGGAGCUGCUCGAGGACAAAAUCAUCACUUUUGUAAUGGAUGAGCUGAGGAAGAUCCAGAAGGUUUUGAGUCCAGACUACAUAAAAUGUUUAGAAAGUCAGAGGGAGGAUAAGGAUGAAGAACAAAGUAGGGGCAUCAGAGAGGCAUUUGCAAAGAUUGCAGUGUACUUCCUGAGGAGAAUGAAGCAAGAAGAGCUGGCUGACCGUCUGCAGAGCAACCUUCCAGCUACAGUUUGUCAGCGUGAACUUAAAUCUAGUCUCUAUAAGAAGUUCCAGUGUGUGUUUGAGGGGAUCGCUAAAGCAGGAAACCCAAAACUUCUAAAUGAGAUCUACACAGAGCUCUACAUCACAGAGGGGGGGACUGCAGAGGUCAAUGAUGAACAUGAGGUCAGACAGAUUGAAACAGCAUCCAGGAAACCAGACAAACCAGAAACAACAAUCAGACGAGAAGACAUCUUUAAAGCCUCACCUGGAAGAGAUGCACCAAUCAGAACAGUGCUGACAAAGGGGUUGGCUGGCAUUGGGAAAACAGUCUUAACACAGAAAUAUACCCUCGACUGGGCUGAAGACAAAGCCAACCAGGACAUCCAGUUCAUAUUUCCAUUCACUUUCAGAGAGCUGAAUGUGCUGCCAGAGGAAAAGUUCAGCUUGGUGGAACUUAUUCAUCUCUUCUUUACUGAAAUCAAAGAAGCAGGAAUCUGCAGCUUUGAAGACUUCCAGGUUGUGUUUAUCUUUGAUGGUCUGGAUGAGUCUCGACUUCCUCUGGACUUCUACAAAACAAAGAUCCUAACUGACCCUAGAAAGUCCACCUCAGUGGAUGUGCUGCUGACAAACCUCAUCAGGGGGAAACUGCUUCCCUCUGCCCACCUCUGGAUAACCACACGACCUGCAGCAGCCAAUCAGAUUCCUCCUGACUAUGUUGACAUGGUGACAGAGGUCAGAGGGUUCACUGACCCACAGAAGGAGGAGUACUUCAGGAAGACAUUCACAGAUGAGGAUCAGGUCAGCAGGAUCAUCCCCCACAUCAAGACAUCACGAAGCCUCCACAUCAUGUGCCACAUCCCAGUCUUCUGCUGGAUCACUGCUACAGUUCUGGAGUAUGUGCUGAAAACCAGAGAGGGAGGACAGCUGCCCAAUACCUUGACUGAGAUGUAUAUCCACUUCCUGGUGGUUCAGACCAAAGUGAAGAAGGUCAAGUAUGACGGAGGAGCUGAGACAGAUCCACACUGGAGUCCAGAGAGCAGGAAGAUGAUUGAGUCUCUGGGAAAACUGGCUUUUGAUCAGCUGCAGAAAGGAAACAUGAUCUUCUAUAAAUCUGACCUGACAGAGUGUGGCAUUGAUAUCAGAGCAGCCUCAGUGUACUCAGGAGUGUUCACACAGAUCUUUAAAGAGGAGAGAGGACUGUACCAGGACAAGGUGUUCUGCUUCAUUCAUCUGAGUGUUCAGGAGUUUCUUGCUGCUCUUCAUGUCCAUCUGACCUUCAUCAACUCUGGAGUCAAUCUGCUGGAAGAACAGCAAUCAAACUUUAAAAAUCCCAAGAUAUUUAAGAAACAAUCUCUGCCUUCAAACGUCUACCAGAGGGCUGUGAAGAAGUCCUUACACAUCCCAAAUGGACACCUUGACUUGUUCCUCCGCUUCCUUCUGGGUCUUUCACUGGAGACCAGUCAGACUCUCCUUCGAGGCCUGCUGACACAGACUGGAAGUAGUUCACAAACCAAUAAGAAAAUAAUCCAGUACAUCAAGAAGAAGCUCAAUAAAAAUUUGCCUGCAGAGAGAAGCAUCAAUCUGUUCCACUGUUUGAAUGAACUGAAUGACCAUUCUUUAGUGGAGGAGAUUCAAAAGUACAUGAGUUCAGGAAGUCUCUCCACAGAUGAACUGUCUCCUGCUCAGUGGUCAGCUCUGGUUUUCAUCUUACUGUCAUCAGACAACGAUCUGGAUGUGUUUGACCUGAAGAAAUACUCUGCUUCAGAGGAGGCUCUUCUGAGGCUGCUGGCAGUUGUCAAGGCCUCCAACAAAGCUCUAUUGAGUGACUGCAAUCUCUCAGAGAAAAGCUGUGAAGCUCUGUCCUCAGUUCUCAGCUCCAACUCCUCUAGUCUGAGAGAGCUGGAUCUGAGUAAUAACAACCUGAAGGACUCUGGAGUGGACCAUCUAUCCAAUGGAGUUCGGAGUCCACACUGUAAACUGGAAAUUUUAAGAAUGUGUGGCUGUAAUCUGUCUGAAAGUAGCUGUAAAGCUCUGUCCUCAGUUCUCAGCUCCCAGUCCUCUAGUCUGAGAGAACUGGAUCUGAGUAACAACAACCUGCAGGAUUCAGGCAUGAAGCUUCUGUUUGCUGCAGUGGAGAGUCCAGACUGUAAACUGGAAAUUCUCAGGAUGGAGCCUGCUGGAGUCCGAUGGUUGAGACCAGGUCUGAGGAAGUAUUCCUGUCAACUCAGAAUCGACACAAACACAGUGAACACAAACCUCAAACUGUCUGACAACAACAGGAAGGUGACACAUGUGGAGGAUGUUCAGUCAUAUCCUGAUCAUCCAGAAAGAUUUGAUGUUCCUCAGCUGCUGUGUAGUAAUGGUCUGACUGGUCGCUGUUACUGGGAGGUUGAGUGGAGAGGAGACAUUUAUAUGUCAGUGAGUUACAGAAGAAUCAGAAGGAAAGGAAAUGGUAAAGGAUGUUUGUUUGGAGGGAAUGAUCAGUCCUGGCGUCUGAGCUGCACUGAUGAUGGUCCUUGUUCUGUCAGGCACAAUAACAGAUACACAUCCAUCUCCUCCUCCUUCUUCUCCAUCUCUAACAGAGUAGCAGUGUAUGUGGACUGUCCUGCUGGCACUCUGUCCUUCUACAGAGUCUCCUCUGACACUCUGAUACACCUUCACACCUUCAACACCACAUUCACUGAAACUCUUUAUCCUGGAUUUACAGUCUUUCCUGGUUCCUCAGUGUUUGUGUGCUAA